AUGUCUUAUGAAGAGAUAUGGCCAUGCAUCGCCCAUAUAAAGCCAACUACACUUGCAGUUCAUCCCAUCUUUUUCGGACGUGGUCCUGGGUAUUACGGAUACAAAGACUUGUUAAAUUAUUUGCAUGACUAUCGUGUAAGUGUUGAAAGUAACGCGACAAAUCUUAUAUGUAAAGCUAUGGAAGUUAAGACGCGUUUGGAAAAAUCUAUUACGAUCGAAAAUUCAGCUGAGAAUGUGCAGCAAAUAAUACAAACAGAUCCGCAGCAAAACCAAAAUGUAUUUCCAAUUGAAAUAUUAACGCAUAUAUUCGAGAAUCUUGAAACAAUCGAGGUUUUUAAAAUUGUUAUGGCAACAUCUCGACUUUGGAGAGCAAUCGGAUUAGAUAUAAUCCUUAUAAAUAUAAGGAAUGAAGUAAAGCAGGUUUCAGAAUCUCUCGUGACUCAACUUCGGGAUGGUUCCCCGAAUUUUUCAAGAAUUUUAUUAUUAAAAAAAAAUAAUAAAUUAGAUGGGAUUUACGAAUUAAACCAAAAAGUCAAUACGUUGUUGAAAAUCAUUGAGAUUUCUCAGCAUAUUGUAAUUUAA